AAAGUUACCAGCGAAGGAGACGCGCGAGGGGCGGGGGGGGGGGGAGGUUCUAGGCUCGGGAGCGAAACAGACCGGGGGGGUUCUAGGCUCGGGAGCGAAACAGACCGGGGUGGGCGGAAGGAGGGAAGGAACCAGCCCGGCUGUGGGAGGGGGUGAAGGACCCCCCCCCCCACGAAUCCCUGCCCCCCCCCCCAGGGCGGAAGUCGGGGGAUCGGGGCCCUCCAGAGCCGGGCGGGGGGAACUCGGGGGGGGCGCGAUAUGUGCGGGUGCUAGGGGGGGAGGGGAAUCAGCCCAACAACCCUCCCCCACCUCCGGGGGCAAAACAAGAUAACCGGGACGUCCCACCCUGAAAAUGUCCCCCCUCGGGGCCGCCUGUAUCCUGCUGCUUGGACUCGUCUGGGAAGCUGCUUCCUACACGGAGAGAGACUUGGCCACCUGCCGUGCACCCCUGGAGGUGCGGGGGGAGAGCCAGGGGGUGAUCCGCAGCUUCCCCCCCCGGCAUGGCCGCAUCCUGCCUGGCAAGUGCACCUGGGUCAUCCUGGGGGGCCCGGAGGAUGUGGUGACCAUCAGGUUCGAGCGGUUCCAGUUGGCGUGUGGGGAGGCGAAACUCUACAUUUGGGCUCACUCCUACCCCCACCAGGCCCUCUGCGGCUCCCGGCUCCCCGCCCCCCUGGAGUACAGGGGCACCAAUGUCACCCUGAGCUACGGGCGCAGCUGGACGGUGGCAGAAGGAUUCCAGCUCCGCUACGAGAGAGCAGGUCCCCUCCUCUCUGCCUCACCUCCAUCUUGUAACCUGACCCUGGAUGAUUUCUAUGGGGUCUUCUCUCCGCCUGCCUGGCCUGGAGGCCCUGCUGGAGCCCUCAUCCGGUGCCGCUGGGCUCUGGACCCCCAUGACAGUCGCCCCCUCACUGUGCUCUUCACCACGCUGGACCUGGCUCCGAACGACUCCCUAGAGGUGUACGAGGGCCACCCAGACCUGUUGGCUGAGCCGCGGCUGCUGCGGCGCGUAGAUGCGGCCAGCAACGGGCAGCCAGUGGUGGUGGAGUCGCCCUCCAGCCGGGCGUGGGUGGCCUGGCAGGGCCUGGGGGGCCGUGGCUUCAACGCCACCUAUCACGUGCGUGGGUUCUGCGUGCCCUGGCAGCGGCCUUGCGGCCGGGGGGACGAGGCCCGGUGCUACGGGGAGGCGGAGCGCUGCGAUGGCAUCUGGCACUGCCCAGACGGGGCGGACGAGGAGCACUGCCCAGGCUGCCCAGAAGGGAGCUACCCCUGCCGGGGUGGCGCCGGCGGCCCCUGCUACGCACCCGCUGACCGGUGCAACUACCAGACACUGUGCCCGGACGGGGCGGACGAGCGGGCCUGCUGGCACUGCCAGCCCGGCAACUUCCGGUGCGGGGACGGGCGCUGCGUCUACGAGGCCUGGCGCUGCGACGGGCAGCCUGACUGUGCCGACGCCUCCGACGAGGUCUCCUGCCCUUACACCCUGCCCCGCAAGGUGGUGGCAGCCGCGGCCAUCGGCAGCCUGGUCUGCGGCCUCCUGCUGGUCAUCGCGCUGGGCUGCACCUGCCGGCUCUACGCCGUGCGCAGCCGGGAGUACAGCCUCUUCGCCCCCCUGUCCCGCAGCGAUGCCCAGCUGGUCCGGCAGGAGGCGCCCCCGUCCUAUGGGCAGCUCAUCGCACAGGGGCUGGUCCCACCCCUCGAGGACUUCCCCACCGAAAGCCCCGGGCAGACGUCGCUGCUGGGGAAUCUACGCUCUCUGCUCCAUCUGCUCCAGCACGAGCCGGUCGGGGGGCGCCGGGCGCGCCGCCCCCCCCGCCCCCUGCGCCGCCUGCUGCGCCGCCUACGCCGCUGGGGGUUGCUGCCCCGCUCCACCCCAGCCGCCCGCCCCCCUGCCGCCCCCCCUGCCCAGCCCCUGCCAGACGCUGCCAGCCAGGAGGAAGGGGGGGCAGCUGGUGGGCCCGAUGAGGCCCCGCCCCUGCCGCAGAAAGUCCCACCCUCUGGGCCAGAGCCCCCCACAGCCCCGCCCCCCACAGGCCCCCAGCGGCUGCCCAGGGGGAUGAUGGGGGCCCUCCGCGGGUGCCUCUUCCCCUCCCCCGAGGGCUGUGGGGAGCCCCCGAGCCUCCCACCCUCCCCCGAGGGGGAGGACGACGUUCUGCUACUGCCCCUCGCUGAGUCCCGGCCCUCCCCCCCUGCUGAGGCCCUGGAUGACGACCCCCUCCUCACCUGAGCACCCCCCGCCAGGCCCCAUUGCCUUUAAGAACCCAGCAGCCAAUGGGGAGAGUGGUUAAGCCACCCCUGCCCCCAGCAGGGGUCAACUGGGGUGGCAAUAUCUGUGAGGGUCUCAAAAACUCGCCCGCAAAGGAUGGUGCCAUUGCACAUUGCCCUUAAGGACUUAACGCUAACUGAGCAGAGAGAAAAAAUUUGCCUGCCAGUUAAAAAAGCUCUUCAAGGGAAGUGCUUUGUCAGACAUUGCCUUUAAGAACCUGGUGGCUAAUCGGAGAGCAGGGCAGCGCGGCUGGUUGAACCAAUCACUCCCACCCCCCCAGAGGCCAGUUCUGGCUGCAUCUGACCAGAAGGAAAAAUAUUUGUGUGGCAGUCAAAAAAGGCUCUUAAAAGGGAUGUGUCCUUUAGAAAUGUUUGUAUGGCUGUUCUAAAUAACAUCUUAAAGGUGCUGGAGCCCUAUUAGAGGAGGAAAGAAAUGGCAGUUAAAAAGACUCUUAAAGGCGACGGCUCAGCUGGCAAUAAUUUUCCUCUUCUAUGAGUUGAAAUUUUCUAUCAUCAAUUAUUUUUUCAUAUCUGGGUUAGAAAAAUGAACCUUCGCACAUUUCUUUUUGCAGUACCUGUUAAAUGAAUCUUUACGGUAAGCAAACUUUUUUGUGUGGAGGUUAAAAAAAAGGUCUUUUAAAGGCAAUGGGCAAAAACAGCAACAUUUUACUCCCUGUUGGCUAAAAUGUGGUUCUGAUUGAAACAAAAAAAAAAGAAAUCGACAGAAAAUGAAUAUGUGAGUUUAUGUGGCUGGGAUUCUCCGUGCAAAAUAUUUGCAUGGCUGUCAAAAAAGAAAACUCUUAAAGGUAAUGAUCAUUUAACCUCCUCUAGAGAUUGUUUUAAAUGAUUGGUUUUUUUAAAUAUGACUUAGAAGAGACAAUGUGCGUCUGUAUUCCACUGACAAAUCGAACAGUGAUUCUGAAUGUCAAAAGAUAUAUGUGGCAGUUAAAUAUAUAUAUAUAUAUAUAUAUAUAUAUUCUUAAAGGCAAUGACUAAAUCUGAAAGAUUGUCGGCCAUUUUUGAUAGAUUUUUUUAAUAUAUGUGUCAUUUUUGUAAAGAAGGUGAGAAAUAAGAUUAAAAGAAAUGUGUGUGUCUAUGGAUGGGGGAAAUGAACAUGUGAGUCUUGGCACCAAAUAUUUGUAUUGUAAACUGAUUUUUAAAGGCAAUGGCAAAAGCGUUUAACCAGAUACUGUGAGAGGUUUUUUUUGUUUCUUUUUUUUUUUUUUUUUUUUUUUUUUGUGGUUAUAUUUUUAAAUGCAAAAUCGGAAGCUGAGUUUUCACAAGUUCCACAGCUAGGAAAGUUGGACUUGAUUCUCAACCCAGACUCUUUGUGUUGCUGUUUUUUUUUUUUUUUUUUUUAAAUAAGCUUCUUAAUGGCAAAGUUUGGAUCAGAAAAAAAGACACCAACUUUUCGCAGUGAAGUUUUAUUUGGUUUGCUUGUUCGCUUGUUUGUUUUGUACAAUUAUAUUUGAAAGAGAGGAACUAGGGAGAAAAUCAAGUUGCAAAUCUAUGCCCCAGAAAAUUGAGGUGGGGGAUGUCAGUGGAAAGCAUUUGCCUGGCCAUUGACAAAUAAAAACAAGUGGGUUUAUCUGUACCCAAAAUAAAUCAACAUCAGCCAUGACUCACUAUACAGCUUACUUGCGAAAUACAACGGUGAGACUGAAAAUGUAACCAGCCUUGUAGAGAACUUUUUAAAAGAGAAAAUAGACGAUAACUUGGUGCAUCAGCGUAUGCAACAGAAGAGACGCAGUGCAAAAAUUUGUGUGGCAGACAAAAAAAAAAAACUCUUAAGGGUAAUAGCCAGGUGGGGAAAAUUUAACCAAGUUUUUCUGAAGAACUUGUUUUAUUUCAAAAUGAGAAAUAGCUGGAAAAUAAGAUUAAAAAUCUACAUAGCUGCAAAAUUAGAAUCCCAGCUGUAAAACAUUUACGAGGCAUCAAAAAAUCAAAUAUUCAAGGCAAUGGCCAAAAUGGAAAAUUGUUACCAGCUCGUUCGUCCAUGAUUUUGUAAAAAGAGAGAGACAACAAAUUUGAGCAUCAGCCUAUGUAAAAAAUAAGAUGAGAAUUCACACUGCAUAAUAUUUGUGUGGCAGUCAAAAAAUACAAGGUUCUUAAAGACAAUGGCCAGGUGGAAAAUUGGAGCCAUCUCUUGUGUAGCAAUUUCUCUCAGUAUGACGGAACCGGCAGGUUUUCCAGGCUGGUGGUUUGAUUGCAGGUCGAGGUUUGUGAUUAUUUUGGUAUAUUUGCCGUGGGGGCUCGAGGCCAAUCAGAUUUCUUGUUAGAAUGUUGCCUAUUAUUGUCUGUUCAAAUUAUUGCUAAGAAUUCAAGAAAAAAUACAUUUAAGAAGAAAACAU